GGUUAUUAACUGUGUUACUAAGGAGGCGACAGCAACGACAGCGAGUGGACAGACAGGAAGAGCCUCUGUGGCCGCGUCAGCUUCAUUUGGGAGCCUCUUUCCCCUCGUGUGCUUCAUCCGCUUCAAAUCUGUUGAUUUAACUGCUUACAAGAGGACUUUAACCACCGGGCGGCGCAAUUGGGACCAAAGUCACGGCCUUGGAUCUUCUGUUCUUCAGACUCAUUUCAAACUCUGCAGGUAAAAAUGCCAAGAGAGCAAGUAGAGAGCUGCUGGGCUGUUUGCUGUUUGGCAACACAGGCGUUUAUGCUCAGCCUCAUAUAAACACAGGGCCAACCAGACCAGACUGCUUCUCUGAUGUCCACUGCGCCAUGCGGUGGAGACAGUCUUCCUUAAACCCUAAUAAGGCUGCACAUGUGCGCCAGAGAUUCAUGCUGCAUGUGUUCCUCGUUUUGCUUGGCUUGAACAUUUUAGUGGUUCAUUUUUUACCUGGAAACGUUAGCAGCAGUCUAACAAAAAUAUUUGAAAUUAAAAGACCAAAAAUAUUGUUUCAACUAUAUGCAAGUGCAUAAAGAAACAAUUUUCGCUUGGAGAUUACAUUUUAUCGCAUCAAAUUCCCAACUCAAGUGUCUGAACUGUGAUAGAGGUUGAUGUGCACGUGAUAGGACACGAUCUCUUCCUUCCUGCGAUAGACAUAGAGCUGAACUUUGACUGUUGCUGGGUGUUAGUUCAAACGGGGAGCGGGUUACCCUGGAUGUGGAAGUGCGAACCCAGCCACGCACUCCUUUGUCUCUCGUGAAAAAUAAAUACUUCCGUUGGAUGUAAUAAAACGCUGCAUUAUUGUUCAUAACUGCACUCGGGACGAACAUGAGACGACUCAAACGGCCUCUUCGGCCACCAUUAUGGGGCCUGAUCAAAGCCAGUGGUCAGGGCAAAGUGUUUUCAUGAUACAAUGGCCGGCAGCUGUGAAAAUGAAGAUUUAAUACCUGUAAUUAAUAACUGUAACACCGAGAUAUUGAUAGCUUCCAUCCACAGGCCAACAUCAUGAAGUGCGCAUGCCAAAACAACUCAAUUCGGGGCAGGCAUUAUUAAUUGAUGUAUUUGGUUUCCUUUGGGGAUCAAGUGUCCCACAAAGAAGGACUCACCGUGGUCAAAUGUGUUGACUUUGAGGCUACUGUUGAUGCUUUGUUGGAAAUAGUGAAGGAAGAGUCAGUGGUUUUGAAUUUUUGUAUAGAAAACGGCUACAGCGCAAUUUUUAGCUCCAAAACCCCGGAAAACAUCUCUCAGUAAUUUACCUGACGUGUCAGUUAAUUUUUUAAGUGGUUCACAAUUACAAACAACAUAAUUCCAUAUGUGUUUAUAUAUCUGGAAAUGUUUGCAUUUUGAGGCAACAGUGAUUGACAAAACAGAGUUAGCGCAUUCGGUGACAAAAUCGUGGACGUAAAGUUGCGAUUAAUAAAUGGAUUUCUUCCAAAUUUCCCUGGUGCAACAGGCUGCAAUGAAAUCCGCAAGGCAGGGAGCCACCUGGGUCUGGUAAUGACAAAGCAAGCCAAGAUUAACUUCAGCCUGGAACGCGCAAUAGAGUGCACAUGUCCAAGGACACGGCGAGAUGGAAAAAGAGUUUUAUUGUGGCUCUCAUUGACCCAAAUUGGAUCGACUGGGUGAGAUGUACAUGAGCUUUAGGUUUGCUUCACUGCGGCAAAUCGAAGCUCCUCACCCUCACACGCCACACUUUAGGGUUUCUACAAAUACAGUGUGGAUAAUUAAACGGGGCAAAAAAGAAGGCACGCCGGCGUAAUUUUAAAAUUAAAUACGUCCAACUGUUUUAAAAAUAUGGACGGAGUUAAACGAGAUUGGUGAAUGUAUCAUUAAAGCAAUUUUAGUAAUUAGUAGACAUAUUUUUAAAUAUUUACCGGAAAAAAAGGCGCAUUAAAUAAAAAUUCUAAUUCGUAUUUUAUUCCAAGACAUUUAUCAGGAUUUUGUUUUUUUCUUUGCUCAUCUUACUUCUUCAAAGCCUUUUGAUGUUUUUUAGGGCAAAAAAAAAAAAAAAAAAAAAUCGGUGUUAUUGUAGUUAUUUUUACUGCGUUUGGUAUAUUUCACCUUUUUUCUAAGAAAAAAUAAAUUAAAUUGAAAACCGACUUGUGUGUGACAAAUUAUUAACAGCAUCCUCUACGAAAACGAAAUAAAACAAUGCAGGCAUUGGGUUAAGUAUGUAUAUGAGCAGCGUUCCAAGCGUUGAAUUACACAAACAUAAUUCUAAAUUCAAACUGUCGAUGACGCACAGAAAGCGCUUUUUUCUGUUCUUGGUAAUUUCUUUUCAAGGCGAAUUCAAGCUUCACUUUCAGACUCUUAAUGUCACUCGUGACUCUCAGGUAUUUCAUGUUUGAUGGUGACUCAAAUUCUCUGACAAUUUAAUUCCUAAUUUCCUCUUUUUACCAAUGAACUACUUAGGUUAGGGUAUUGUAAUGGGUGGAUUUUUGAAAUAAAAAUUUAUUUUUCAACAAACGUUUGACUUAACAAUCCUUUUAUAAAGUCCAGGAGAGUCCAUUUUAAUGUCAGAUUGUUGAAUGAAGCACUGAGAUUUGUUGUAAAAGUACAUUUGCAUGUCCACGGGAAACUUAUUUAUUUUAUUUGAAAUCUCUUUAGAUUAAGAUUCCACUUAAAUACAUGUUUUUUCCGAAAUGAAUUUUUCUGCACUUUGCUGCGUGUCUCUUCCUCUGUAGGUGGGUUAUAAGGCGAGGUGAGGGAACACACUAGUCGGUCCUCCGUCUUUUUUCUCUGCCUCCAUUAUGGAGAUCGUCCAACAAAUACGUAGCUGCCGAGUGGGAGGGACCUCCUCUUUUCCAGUCUUUUCAUUGGUCUGGGGCCUACCCUGGAGAGGGGGUGCCUCUAAUCAUAUCCAGCAUGUUUUGUACGAGAAAUGUCAGCCAGAAAGGGCUAUCUUCUUCCUUCGCCAAAAUACACUACAAUAAUGUCAUGUUCGGAGAGUCCGUCAGGAAACGCGUUCUUGGUGGAUUCUCUAAUCAGUGGUCGCACCGAGAGUGGAGGAGGUCACUACAGUGGGGGUGCACUGUGCGUCCCUCACAGCACCGCUGCAGAAGUGCCUUAUGGACUACACAGCUACGGAUACUUCCCAGGGAUGACGAAACGGGGUGAGAUGGGUCCCCAAAACGUGGCUUCCGCCUCAGGUGCGUACAUGUCCAAUGUGGAGAUGUGGAUGGACACGCAGAGGUCAUGUCGAAUGGAGCAAGAGCACCCUGUGGGUCCCCAGGUCGCGCACUGCUCGUUCCCGCAGAACAUCAAAGAAGAGAGCACCUACUGCCUGUACGAACAGCCGAAGUGCCCCAAAGCCUCCACCGCCGAAGACCUGACAUAUUCAAGGUUAACUACAGCCGGCCUCGGGUCGAGUUCUUGUACAGCUACCGAUGGAGGCGGCAGCGGGGGCUCAGUGCCUGUCCCGGGUUACUUCCGCUUGUCUCAGACGCACGCACAUUCUCAUAAACUUUACAACACCAACGGCCCCCAGUCGAACCCUUCCCAUUCUCAUUUUGGCCUCCACCCCACCGCGCCUGCACGUUUUCUCUCUCCGCCAACCUCGACUUCUGCUCGAGCCACGGACCAGGAGACCAAGGACGCCGAGGAGCCCGUGUCCUCAGGAAACGCAGACCCGCAGCCUCGCACAGCGUUGGGCGCCGAGGAGGCGCAGGAGUCCUCGGAUGGAGAAAUCUCCUCCGGAGACGAAACGGAAGAGAACGACAAAGAAAGACCAUCAAAGGUCAUAAAAGGAGGCGCAAAAACUGAAAACAUGGCCAACUGGCUGACGGCAAAGAGCGGCCGAAAGAAACGCUGCCCUUACACCAAACACCAAACACUGGAGCUGGAGAAGGAGUUCCUCUUCAACAUGUACCUGACCCGAGAGCGCCGCCUAGAGAUUAGCAAAAGCGUCCACCUGACGGACAGGCAGGUCAAGAUCUGGUUCCAGAACCGCCGGAUGAAACUGAAGAAGAUGACGCGGGAGAACAGAAUCCGAGAGCUCACUUCCAACUACGGCUUUUCGUGAUGGUGGAGGUGAUCACGGCGCAAAAAGGUGAUCUCAAUGACGUCCACCAUCCAACGCCCACCUCCUCCCUCACUCUGUCCACGCAAUGACUCAUUUCACUGUGGGGUGCAACUUUCUUUCAUUUCCAGACCCAAAUGUCAGUGCAUCCUCAUCUGUGACCUACUGAGAAAAAUCAAAGCAAUAUCACUGAACUUCAUCCAACUCUGAUGCUGUGUUUUUUGUACCUCAUAUCCUCUGUUGUGCAGAUGGCUUUAGUGCACAUUUGUAGUCCAAAAGAUGCAGCUUUAGUAUCCCGCUAUAAAAUGUUCUAUUCAAAGAAAAAAAGAACAUAUAUUUUACAAAUAUUUGGAUCUGCAUGGUUUCCUAAUAAUCUUCGUUUUGACAAAAUUUCAAAAAUCCUACUUUACGCACUGGAAAAUCGCCACAUUUUGAAAGUUUAAAAAAGUGUACAGUGAAAUAAACUCGAAUCCAUGUAUACAUCAAAUAAAAAAGGAAGUGUACUUUUGCUCAAACUGAAGUUUAGCGCGCAUGCAGCGUGGAAAGGGAAGGAGGAAUGUUUUUAUUGUAUAUUUCUGUGUACAUAUAGCAUUGUGUUUUUGUGUAAUGCUUAAUAAAUUAUCAGCUCACACUAAAGAGGAACUGCUUGCCUUUUUAUAAUCUGUACAAACUCUAUAUAGGAUAUGGAAAGGUUUAAUAAAUACGUUUCCAAAAU